CAUACGCAUUAUAUACUUAUUUUCUGUUCUCGAGCCAGGGACACACCACUCUUCUUCUUCUCUUUACUUUUCUUCCGAAAAUGUACUUUAUUCUGAAAUUGUUCAUGUUGCAAGUGUACCCAGCAUAUUCUUGCUUCAAAGCAAUCAAGGUCAAUGACCAGACACAAUUUCUACCGUUGCUAAUGUACUGGAUAACAGCAACGUCAUUUCUUCUCAGCGAGCACUUUGCUGACUUGUUACUUUUCUGGAUACCGUUUUACACCGAGUUCAAAGUAUUGGUCGUUUUAUGGAUUACGUUACCACAAACUAAGGGUGCCAUUGUGUUAUAUGCAGAUUUUAUCGAGCCGUUCCUGAAAAAGCAUGAAGACCGAAUUGACAAGGCAUUUAUCGAGAUACAAGACAACGUCAAGCGCACGAUAGCCGUAUAUGGCAAACAGCUACUUCACAUUGUCAAUAAGAUUCUUGCGGAUUUAUUCACUAAGCAGGGACGAUCGAUGAUAUCGGAUGAUGCGAAUAAUACAAUGGCGGCAGAAUCUACGGCGACACCGGUAGAACAACAAUCACGGUCGGAAUGGGAUAAUGGUUGGGGUUAUGCGAUUUACUCAUCUUUAAUCAGCCGAGGUGCUCAGCUGUCUGCUAGUUUACAGGCAUCUGCACAAAAUCGGCUGAACAACCAACAACAACAAGCCACUGCUACUGCACAACAACAAUCACAGGAGGAAGAAAAAGGAAAGCUUGAACGAUCUGAUAGCUAUGACUCGCUAGGAUCUUUUGUAGCAUCUAAAAAGGCACCGAGCAACAACAGCAGCAGUUCAGGUGCUAGUGGAGCAGGAACAGAAGGACCGAAAUCACAAGAACAGCAAAAUGCCUCAUGGGGGGGCUAUUUAGGUGGAUGGAUCUGGUCAUCUGGCAAUAGUAAUCGUGCUACUGCUGCAAGUACCCCGGACAACACCAACAAGAAUGAGACAACUCAACAUGCGAAGACAGAUUGAGUAUAUUCAUCAUUUUUUUUCUUACGCUUAUCCAUAUAUAAACCCCUACCCUUUCCUUCCCGCCAUCCUUCUAUUUGCUCCAUUUCUCUUCAUUUUCUCCUCCUGUCUCUCACA